GUGGUAUGUAUAUUUGCAUAAUAAUUAGUGUCGUUAGCGGAGAGAUAUAAACUGCAAAAGUUGACAUAUGGGAUAAAAGUAGCAGAUCCAAAGGAACUAAAGGAAAGCACCUUUUCGUAGGAGAGUGAAGAAUGAGUGGUAUUUCCCCAAGAAAUUGGAUUUAAAAAUGCAUCAUCGUUACUGAUAAGGAAAGCACGAAGUCAGAAAAAGAAAUUAGCAAAUAAAUCAUGCCUGUUAAGUCCAUAUCAGAUUUAGAGAAAGAGAUAGAGGAACUCGAAAGGCUUGAAGUUGCAGGUCUGCUAGAGGAAGGUAACGACGAUGAUUCUUCUGAUGUAGAUGAUGGAAGUGAAAAUGACGAAUCUGACCACGAAAAGCAAAGGAAAAAGAAGCAUAAAAAUGAAGUGAAGGAAGGAAGUCCGGAGCAAAAAACACCAAAGAAAAGAGGACCAAAAAAGAAAAAGAUGACAAAAGCCAGAUUGGCCAAGCUACGUCUGAGAAGAAUGAAAGCGAACACGCGUGAAAGAAAUCGAAUGCAUGGACUGAAUGAUGCUCUGGAUAUUUUACGUGAACAUGUGCCAUGUUACUCGAAAACUCAAAAACUAUCAAAAAUAGAAACCCUUCGACUUGCCAGAAAUUACAUUAGUGCCUUAGCUGAAAUUUUAAAAACUGGACAAAAACCGGACAGUAUUUCUUUUGCCAAAUCGUUAUCGAAAGGUUUAUCACAAAAUACGAUGAAUUUAGUUGCUGGUUGCCUACAACUUAACCCGAGGACACUGCUACCAGAGUCUGCUUUUGGAAAACCUUACCAAUUUUACUAUAACAAUUCAUUCGAUUUUCCUAAUUCUCCAAAUGCCAACAACAUUUCGUUUUCGAAUUCAUUUCCGAUUUGUUCUCAGACCGGGCAAUUUCCACAAAUUCCAAACGACCUAGAUGAUGGUCAACCGUUGUCACAUUAUCCGUUGUCGCCAGUUCAUAGUUCGAUUGUUCCGUCUCAGGGCGUAUCACAACCAAUUUGUUUUGAUAAUAUGCGAAAUACCAGUCCAUUGCAAGCCCAAACGGCAAACGCAUCUCUUCAGUACGAGGCUGUUACGUCUUCAUACUACAUGCGCUGUGAUAACGUUAUCGACAAUUUCAGUUGUAAUAUUUCACGUGCUACUCUCCCGACAACACAACAAUCAUCUUUCAAUUCUACUGCUGUCCCAGAAUGCAAUUCGUACGUCCUCUUGGAUGAUAUACCAGACAUCGUGAUAGAUACAAACAGUCACAUGACAAAUACGUCGUCUAAUAUUUUUAUUUAAAUAUUAAGUAGUAUAAUAGUUACUACCACUUCAUUUAUUUCAUCAGUGAAGUUUGUUAUCCAGAUCUUUCAUACAUUUACUUUAACAUUCAUGCCAGGAGACUGAAAAGACAACCACUAUUAAGUUUCAGCCGUCCAAUUUUAUAGCAUGCAUUUCCAAGCAUUGAGUUUUGCAAGCAGAUGAAUGUUUACAGAGAAAUUAAUUGCAUGGACUUCAUUGACAAGAUCGACCGCAAUAGUGACGUGUUUUACAAUUUUCGAACAAUUUCGGUAAAAAUGAUGCAUAGAAAUGUCAGAAGAUAUCUUUUUAUAAAAUAAUAGAAUCAUACAUGUAUAUCAAAAGAAGAUGAAAAUGGUUGCAGACUCUUCGAUACAGUGUGCACUUGUAUUUUGUUAAGAAACCGUAAGGUUGUAACCACUGGCUUUAUAUCAUCAAAUUAUAGCUGUCGACUUGCCAAUAACUGUACUUAUUUUCGUAAUUCAUUUGUCAUUUUUUUAUUUGUUAUCACUCGUGUUAUUUUUGAUAUAAAAUCACUUCUAUGUGCCUUCUCAUUUAACAAUGUAUGUUAUAAUUAUACAUUUUUAAUAUUUACAUGUACUUAUAUCACGGUUGUGCCUGUCAACUUGCAGCAAACAAAUUCUAGUCACAAAGUCACAUUUAUUUAUAACUGUAUAUUUUGCUAUAAGUAUUUGAUAUUAUAUUGAAUAAAUUUACAUGUUCUAACUAUCAAAAUAGUUUGUUA